AACAUCGAAAAAAAAAAGUAGGCGAGCCCCCCCUUUUUUUGUUGUUGUUGUUGUUCUCUUUUUCGUUAACAUUAUAUAAAAAAAAAGAAAAUGGCUCAUACUCUUAGUGCCAGUGAAGCCUUUGAACUUCAUAAGUCUGCUGUGACUCGAGAUUUCAUUGCAAAGCCUCGCAUAGAUUAUCGUACUGUUACAGGUGUUAAUGGUCCUUUAGUUAUUCUUGAUAAUGUCAAGUUUCCUAAAUUCUCUGAAAUUGUAAACUUAACACUUCCUGAUGGUUCAGUUCGUGCUGGUCAAGUUUUGGAAGUGCAAGGUAAAAAGGCUGUUGUUCAGGUCUUUGAAGGUACUUCAGGUAUCGAUGCCAAGCAGACACAUGUUACCUUUACAGGACAAACACAACAUAUUCCUGUUUCCGAAGACAUGUUGGGUCGUAUUUUCAACGGUUCUGGUAAACCUAUCGAUAAGGGUCCCAAGAUCUUUGCUGAGGAUUAUUUGGAUGUGAAUGGUUCUCCCAUCAACCCUUCCUCUCGUAUUUACCCUGAGGAAAUGAUCCAAACUGGUGUAUCUGCCAUUGAUACCAUGAACUCGAUUGCCCGUGGUCAAAAGAUUCCCAUCUUCUCUGCCGCUGGUCUUCCCCAUAACGAAAUUGCUGCACAAAUCUGUCGUCAAGCCGGUCUUGUGCAAAAGAUGGCUCCCACCAAGGGUGUCCAUGAUGGUCAUGAAGAGAAUUUCUCCAUUGUCUUUGGUGCUAUGGGUGUCAACAUGGAAACCGCUCGUUUCUUCAAGCAAGAUUUCGAAGAGAAUGGUUCAAUGGAGCGUGUUACUCUUUUCCUCAAUUUAGCAAACGAUCCUACUAUCGAACGUAUUAUUACUCCUCGUCUUGCUUUAACCACUGCUGAAUACUACGCUUAUCAACUCGAGAAGCAUGUCUUGGUUAUCCUUACCGAUAUGAGUUCUUAUGCUGAUGCUUUGCGUGAAGUUUCCGCUGCUCGUGAAGAAGUCCCUGGUCGUCGUGGUUAUCCCGGUUAUAUGUAUACCGAUUUGUCCACCAUUUAUGAACGUGCCGGUCGUGUUGAAGGCCGUAACGGUUCCAUUACCCAAAUCCCCAUUUUGACUAUGCCCAAUGAUGAUAUCACCCAUCCUAUUCCCGAUUUGACAGGUUAUAUUACCGAAGGCCAAAUCUUUGUUGAUCGUCAACUUUACAAUCGUCAAAUCUAUCCUCCUAUCAACGUUUUGCCUUCUUUGUCUCGUUUGAUGAAGUCUGCUAUUGGUGAGGGUAUGACCAGAAAGGAUCACGGUGAUGUUUCCAACCAAUUGUAUGCUAAAUAUGCUAUUGGUCGUGAUGCUGCUGCCAUGAAGGCCGUUGUUGGUGAAGAAGCUUUGAACCAAGAAGACAAGCUGUCUCUUGAGUUCUUGGAAAAGUUCGAAAAGAGUUUCAUUGCUCAAGGUGCUUAUGAAUCCAGAACCAUUUACGAAUCACUUGAUCUUGCUUGGUCUCUCUUACGUAUCUUCCCCAAGGAACUUUUGAACCGUAUUCCUCAAAAUGUAUUGGCCGAAUUCUAUCAACGUGAACGCAGUAAGAGAUCAAAGGGUGUAUUCGAUACCAAUGAUGAAGAGGAAACCGGAGAGUAAAAAAACAUAAUUCCCCCUCUUAAACCCCAUUGUUUGUUUCAAAUAAAAUAAAUAAAUAAAAUGUAGCAAU